AGCUCACAUGUUCACCUUGUCUUUUUCUGUAUACACAUGGGUAGAAACUCUGUCUCAGUCCUAAGCUGCUCCCUUAAAACAGCAAAGUACAAAACAGAGAAAGAAGUUUUUAGAUAAAACAAGACAACACGGAGUAGCCAUGAUUGCUGGCCUAUGGUGACUGUAACAGCAGCCAAGAAAUACCCAGCUUCAUGCUCUGAGUCACUUCCUAAGCUGUGUGUCAAUAUUUUUAAUAGACUACUUUCAUAUGCUGUUAACUAUAGCUUGUUUAUGUUACUUAGACCUAAUAAAAUAAGUGGGCAGCUGCUGGGCUGUUGUUCAAGCAGAGCUGACAUUUCACACAGCUCGUUUACUUACCUUGGGAUAUACUUACACCUACUUAGACUAAAAUGAAAUAUCUAGUGACAUCUAAGCAGCCAAUAAAGACUUCAAAUCCAUGCUAAUUCUUCACACAGAAUCACAAAGUUUAACUUCCUAGCUAAUCCUUACCUAGUUAGCCCAUGCUUGGCUUCCUAUUACAUUUCCUCCCCUGCUGUCAUUAUUCUCCUUAGCUAGUUUAAAACCAGGUAGAGCAUGUCUGUGGGAGCUGCAGUCACUCCUUCAGACAGGAGUGAUUGAUAGCUGCACAGGAUACAUACAGGUAGAAUGCCAGAGGAAAACACACUUGGUGCAACUGCACAAUGAAUAGGAUUUUAAACUGGAUUUAAACAUGCACUGCUGAAGCUGUGCAUGUGACUGAGACUGCAAGGCAGAUAUUCUGAACUCAGACUUCAUUGCUGUACAGCGAGGAGAAAAGCCCUGAGCAGCUUUCCAACAAUGGAGUCAGGGAGCAUUUUUUUGAAGAAUGUUGCUGGUUUUCUCUUACUCCAUUAUCAUAGAAUGCUUCUUAUAUCUACAUGAAAACAAAAAAGUAUUUGUCUGCCUCUCCAUAGAGAGAUAUGCAGACAGAGCUGGGAACAUUGCCUGUCAUCAGUGAGACCCUUGCAACAAUGGCUGUGGUAACAGUUCAGGCCAGAUGAAGUAAACAGAACUAAAGUUGUCAUGUCACAGGUGUAAUGGCACAGGUGGGUGUGGUGGCAGACUCUUGCAUAAAACAUGUUUUAGAAUCAAUCAGCAAGUGCAUAAUGUGUCAUUCAAAACCCUACAUUCUUGAAUUCUUAAUCUGUAGCUUCAUAAAUUGGGAUGGACAGAGGCUGUGAUACUGUUAGUUCAUAGGUAUUCUAAAUUCUCAAAAGUUGAACUCCUUUUGAAGAGAAAUGGAACAAAAAUGCAAUUUCAUGUACAGCAAGAAGCUACUCAUGGUAGGGUGCCUAGAUCUUCAUCAACUGACAUUGUCUUACAUUCUGGUGAGUACUUGAAAUGUCACCUGUAUGCAUUUGAGUUAGCAUCUGCUGAAAUCAAAGGGGCAAUUCAUAACUCAGUUCUGAUUUCAGUUUUUACAGAAGCUCAAGCCAAUAGAGCUACAUCACUUAUACUUACAAUUGCAAAGAUUUAUUGGCAACCAUAAAUUUAGCAAUUUAAGGCAUAUCUACCCGGGGAAAUUAGUCCUUAAAAGGAAGGAUGUAGAUGUUAAAUGUGAUCAUUUUUGUGUGCUAGCUCCCUUUGAGUUAUUUUUAACAAAUGCUAAAAUUGUUCCAGUAUAAAAUAAUGUAACUUUACCCUGCAAGUGGAAUAUGUUACUUAAUUUCUAGAGCACUAGAAAUAGGAGGGAGUUACAUGGGGUAAUGUGCUAGAAGUUCACAUUGCUGCACAUUCACAGUUGCUGCACACUAACUUCUUUAUGUAACAAACCGUUAGACCUUUUGGUUUUCAGUAUAAGUUUAGCACUGGAAAACAGCCAGAAGACAAAUCUGUGCAUCUGCUGCUAGUCUGGUAUGCUCCACAUCUUGAGAAGAACCAUCCAACUAGCUGACAUCAUUAGCAUACGUGAAGGCACCGAUAUUCUGAAGCAUGGCUACUGGACUGAUUCAUUUCCCAGCCUGCAGUUUGUGCUUCAAGGACGAAGAUCCAGUGCCUGCAUAUACUGGUCGAAGAUGGAGAGCUCAGCAGCGCCUGGAGGCUCUUCAGCAGCUUGCUGUAGGUCAGUCUUCUCUUCAGAUGCCUCAGAUUGUGUAUGAAGAUCCUGAAAUUGAAGGAAGGAAUCGCUACAAAUAUUUUGCACGACCUGUCAAGUCUUCUAAGCUGCCUCCAACUGGUGUUCUAGAAGCUGUUGCCAGUACAGAGACAAAGCCGAGUGUCCAGUCAGCUGCAAGAGACAGACGGGUCUUUGUCCCCAUGUUCCGAACUCUGGGAACACAGACAGAUUACAGGGAUGGUGAAGCACAGACAGAUCCCUAUUCCCCUGAAUAUAUAGUUCGCAGUGGCUCAGUCCCUGAAAUUCUGACACUGGCUGUACUCACUUGGGGCCGGGGGCUGCCAGCAGGACAAGCUGAGAUGGAGAUUAUUGACCGCAUCCGGGAAAAACGUGCUUGGGAAGCAGCUCUGCCACCCAUGGACAGUCCCUCAAACGUCGCAAAGAGGUUGAAGAUGAUGGAGGCUAUGGAAAGGAAGGAGUGGGCCUAUAGAGAAGAGGAAAUAGAUAAGUUGCAGAAGGUUAAAAUGGAACUCUUUAAGAAGGUGCUGUGGAGGCAAGAGGAGAAUCAAAAUGAGCUGAAUGCCAUGCGCUUGAACAACCACUGGCAAAAUCAUCAGAAGGCUAAAGAAGAGAAAAUAAGAAAGAUUCAGCAUGACUGUGCAUUAAUGCUCAGGAAACUGAUAGCUAAGAGGAAGAAUUGUAUGGGAAAGCUGGAACGACGAGAUAUCAUCAAAGAGUAUAAUGACUUUUCAUCAGAAACAUAUGCUCCUUUGUCUCGAAUUGGUUUUUUCCCAGACAACAAUUCUGACUACUAUGCUGUAAAAACCUUCUAUCUUAACACCUUUGCAGGAUUGUGUGAACUGGAAAAAUCUGUCCAGCAUUCUCUCUCCCAGUUCAAGAUUAAAGCUCCGAAACCUAAAUGCACUAUCACUAAGACUGGCUAUAUUAAAAGGUCAGGAAGACUAGAUGCAGUCCUGACACAAGUUCACCAGGCACUACUGGAGAAGAAGAAUAAACUCAAGGAGCCAAAGAAGCCUCCCCCUGUCUGUGAAAAAAUAGAAAGCCCUGUUCCUAAGCCACCCACUCUAAUCCUGGAAAAACCAUCAAUUGAGGAAGAGGAAAUAGACCUGGCGGUGAUCUGUCUGCAGAAGUUGCUGCGAGGCAGGGCUCUUCAGAACAUGAUGUUUGAAGGGAAGGAGAAGCGCCUGGAUCUGAUCCAAGAGCUGCGCACCACUCACGCGCUCCAGGAGGAUGGACAGCUGCUCUUGACGGCACAGAAGCAAAUGACACUGUCCUUACAGCGACAGCAUGAGUCACAAAUGCGCCAGCUGUCAGCACUGGAAAGAGACUUGGCCACAGUAGAAGGAAGGACACUGGCGAACAUGCUUGAUUUUCUGUCCAAAGAGCUGGUGAGGCUGCAAGAAGAACGGAAGAACCAUGCUUUGGCCCUGCUGGCUCAGAGACAGAGGCGGAUGCGGGAAGCAGAGGAGAGCGGACGGCGGCAGCUGGAAGAGAGCCAGCGGCAAGAGGAAGAUGAGCUUUUCAGACAGGUGGUGCAUAUUCAGGACAGAACUAUUGACACCUACUUGGAAGACAUAAUCCUGAGCAGUAUGGAGAGGACAGCUGAAGAGCAGGCCAGGGAAGAGGUUCAGAAAAGGGCUGUAGAAAUCAAUGACAUUGCUUACGAAAUGGAAAGUCGUCGAACUCGCCUACAGUCAGAAGAGAUUGUAGCAGAGCUGGUUUACAAUUUCCUGAUCCCAGAGGCUGAGAAAAACUUCAUGAGAGAAAGAGUGAGGCAGUCCCAAAGAAAACACAUCUAUGCUGCUCAUCAGAUCAUCCAUGGAGGCACAGAGAGGGCUCUGGCUGAUCUGGCACCGCAUCAGGAGGCAUCUGCCCCUGAGAGAGAGGAAGAUUCUCCUGCUGGGACAGCUGCUGGACCAAGUGCAGCUGACAGCACUCACCCUGCCACAGUUGCACAUGAACUCGGACAAGGAUUCCACAAGGAUCCUACAGCCUCCUAGGACAGAAGAUGAGUGAGUUCCCCUUCUCCUGUGUGAUUUGAGUUAGGAGCAUGGCGAGGGAAAGGGAAGCACAUUAUAUUUACUUUUUCAGGGCACCCUGAAUGGAAAGCCCUCUCUCUCCCUUGGGCUGUCCCUCCUGCUGCCUGCCAGCAGUGCUGUCCUUGAACCAUUCUGUAUACAUUUUGGUGUGGCAGCUCCCUCCACUCCCUCCCUAACUUGCUUUGGACUUCAUUAGCCAAUUUUUCUCUUCUGAUUAUUUAGAGAAGCUUGAGUGAGAAAGCAGUGUUAGCAUUCCUUGUUUGUUUUCCUGGCACAGACCAAUAAAAAUCUGCACCUGGGCUUUUGGUGGUAUUUCUUUGCUUCAAUAGCAUUAAAUGAAAAAAUACUCCAUAAGUGGGAAAUUUUGAGUCAAGAGCAUCCACAGACAAGUGUGUCCCACUGAUUUCCUUAGU